AGCAUCCCGUCCUUACCAAUUUUAAGAGAUUCUACGAUCUCCAACCGCGUAUUCACAGACAAAUCAUUUUUGGGGAAGCCUCAUUCAAGCUUCGAGGAUGAUGCAGAUGUCUUCCCGGACAACGAGACGUUUGAGCAUCUGGGAGACGCUAUCUUGGGCUAUUGUGUCACAAAACUCAUCAGAAGCGUUUAUCCCAAACUGAACCCUGGCGGUGCAACCAUUGUGCGUUCUCGCAUCGUGGAGAACAGAAAUUUAGCCGCAAUAGCCAAAGCAUACCACAUGGACGAACGGCUCACAGUGAGCACCGCACAACCUUCUAUUAAGAACCACGAUCGAGCAUUGGCUAGAGCCAUCGAGGCCUUCGUAGGUGGAUUGCAUGAGGAGCAAGGUCUAGCCGCCGUGGAAACCUGGAUUCGGGCAUUGUUUUUGCCAUUCGUGCGAACCGAAUACGAAAUCCUUCGUGAG